CAGCGAGUUCCGAAUGUUUGGUGAAGGAGUGGAGCAGCCGAUGAGAGCGAGUCAUUCCAAGUGCAAGAAAUCGAUGUAUAAGUAGGGGCUGUGACGGUAGGUAGGAAAGUCCAACUGCUCGGCACGCGGACGCCCAGGUCAACUGUGAAACCUUCCCUUGACGUGGGACCCCUUCAGGCGUUGCUCUGCCUCAUUGGCCUCCUUUCCCAUUCUAUCCCCAGCCCCCCACAAAGCCAGCAAUCAUGGGCCAGAAGAUGUCUAUCGCAGCCGUGGGCCAGACCACGUCUGUCGUGUGCGACUUCCAGGUCACCGCCGUCAGCGGGGACACUUGUGCUUCUAUGGCCGCCUUCUGGGGCUUGUCACAAGCCGACUUUCAGGCGCUCAAUCCUUCCGUCUCGUGCCCCGGUGAUCUGGUCGCUGGACAGGAAUAUUGUGUCCUUGGUACAGUGACUACCACCACCUCCACCGCCACACCGACCACGGUCACGGUGACAACGAGCACCCCGACCACCGUCACCCCCACCACCACACCGACCACGGUCACGGUGACAACGAGCACCUCCACCAGGCCGUCGACCACCUUGAUCACCAGCACGACUACGAGCCCCAGUUCCACCACCCCCUCGCCCCUGAUGCCCAGCCUCGCGAGCGACUGCAACAAGUUUCACCAGGUGCAGAGUGGGGACGCUUGCGCAUCUAUUGAGCAGUCCGCUGGAAUUACGGACGACGAGUUCCGGUCUUGGAACCCGACCAUCGAUGCCGCCUGCGACAACCUGUGGCUGGGCUACUACGUCUGCGUCGGCGUGCCCGGCGCCACCGGCCCCAGCACCCCGUCGCCUCUGAUGCCCAACACCACGAGCGACUGCAACAAAUACUACCAGAUUCAGAGUGGGGAUUCCUGCCAGGCUAUUGAGCAGUCUCAGGGAAUUUCGGACUCCAACUUCAAGUCCUGGAACCCGAGCAUCGACGCCGCCUGCGAUAACCUGUGGUUGGGCUACUACGUCUGUGUCGGCGCGCCCGGCGCCACCGGCCCUAGCACCCCGUCGCCUCUGAUGCCCAACACCACGAGCGACUGCAACAAGUACUACCAGGUGAAGAGUGGGGACUCCUGCCAGUCUAUUGAGCAGUCUCAGGGAGUUUCGGACUCCAAUUUCAAGUCCUGGAACCCGAGCAUCGACGCCGCCUGCGAUAACCUGUGGUUGGGCUACUACGUCUGUGUCGGCGCGCCCGGCGCCACCGGCCCUAGCACCCCGUCGCCUCUGAUGCCCAACACUGUGAGCAACUGCAAGAAGUUCUACCAGGUGAAGAGUGGGGACACGUGCGCUGGGAUUGAGAAGUCCGCUGGCGUCUCUGACUCCAGUUUCAAGUCCUGGAACCCGCACGUCGAUGCCGCCUGCGACAACCUGUGGCUUGGCUACUACGUCUGCGUCGGCGUUUAAGGGCGGCCGUCCCGAUCGGCAGCUGUCACGCGGUUUCAUAAUCCAUAACUCGUAUCUUUGAUGUGUAUAUAUUGUCGUCUCUCAAGGGGAAUGCGCCGCAGUAGGCGUUAAUAGAAUCGAGGGACUUCGGGUUUUGAGACACAUGAUCGCAAAAUGUGAAGAGAAAUGAAAAGCAUUGACCUGUCACGCAAUUGCGUUGGAAUAGUACUCGAGGGCAAAAGGAAAAGUAGGCAUUUUCGCAGCCCUCUGUUCUCCUUUUGUUGUGCUCGGUCAGAACCGGAGGUUUGGUUCGGCCCCACCCGGCACUUCGGG